GCUUUUUAAAGAUUUUUUAAAUUUCAUAGGAUCUAUCGCUACGUAUCACAGAAGUCUAUAUUUCGGAAAUAUUGAGAUAAUACCCUAAGCUGAUUUCGAACUUAAAAACAAAUAUCACCAUUCGACUCAGCAUGAUGAAUUACCCCAUUCCAGACUGUUUCCUAGGUGAUCCAAGGUCAGUUGGCUGAAAUCAGGGGUCUCAGGAAAACUCUUAUAACUCUUGAACGGAACAAGCUAGAAAGGUGGGCUUUUCGUAGAUCGAAAGAGAAGAAUUUUUUCUAUCAAAAACGUAAAUUAACAAUCCAGCAAAGUUGAGAAACAGCUCCAAAAUACCGUGCUCGACAUUUCCAUCGAGAAUGCAUCUGAUUGGUCCAUUGCUGAUCAAUUAUAUUUUACCAUGUGUGGAUGCCCCUGGGUCCUUUCGUUCUAAUGGUGAAAACCGCAGGUCGCUAGCUGCAUCCGUUCAGGGGAUAUUUCUCCUUGAGUUUUCUCCAUUGACUUCUGGAACCGACAUUAGUUUUGUUUUAACUUUGAUUUAUUUCUUUUUCUAAAGUUAGCAGCACUUACAAAUGAUCGUGAACGUAUUCAACAUGAAAUUGAACGUUUAAAUGCUGAAUUUGAACAUGCUCGAUUAGAAGAAAAAAUUCGUGAAGAUCAUCGGAAACAAGAAUUAGAUGCAUUACAAGCAAAUGUUACUAAACGUGAAGAAAAAUUAGAUAAAAUUCUUAAAAAAGAACGAGAAAAAAUAACAUUAAUCGAUGAAGAUGAACGAAAAUUAGAGAAAAUUGAUGUACAAAUUGAUCGUGAUAAAAAAUCAUUGGCACGUUUUGAUCAACAACGUGAUCGUGAUGCAGAAAUGUUACGAACAGUUACGGAAAAUUUACAACGAGCGUUUUAUACAAAUGAUUCAAUUAGUACGGAUAUGAAACGUGAAACAGAAAAACUACAAAAAGAAGAAGAUGGAAUGAGAGCAACAAUGGACUCAUUACGAAGACAAAUUCAUGAAGAAUCAACAAUAAUUGCAAUGUUGGAUAAACAUUUAGAUAGUGAUCAACGUGAACUUGAUUCUUUGAAUGAAGCAGAAACGAUUCGAGCUACAGAAGCUGAACGUGUAGCUACAGAAUUACAAACCAAAGUUGAUACAUUAACAGAUAAUGUAACAAAUUUAGAAACAAAUGAUGUAAAAACAAAAGAAAGUUUAGGAUCACUUAAACAUAAUUUAUUAGACGUCAAUGAAAAUUAUGUCAAAGAUAAAGAUCAAUUAGUACAAGCAAAAACAAGUAUUAGUAGUCAACAUGAACAAGCAUCAGUAAGAUAAUUUAAAUGAAUUAGUAUUAUUAUGCAGACAUUCUUUGUUUUUGUGAAUUCUAACCCUAACACAAUCACUGUCAGAACUACCACUUGUUGUCUACUUAAGAUCCGUGUGGAUCUCUCUAGAUGGUUGUGACAAGAUUACGUAAAGUUCAUUUCAAUGAAUGAAUUUUCCAAUUCAACCAAUUUUUAAUUAGACGUGUGACAGUUCUAUAUUGACUAACUGAUAUGAUAUUGAUCAUCCAGAGCUUUUUAUAUGAAUUUGAACUUCUGAAACCUAGAUGUUACCCUAUGCUAUAUAUUUAUGUUCUAAUUUCUGAUGUAAUAUAAAAACAAGAGGCUAUCAUACUACGGUUACUGACUUCAGGUAAACUGAUCAUCGAAUCAGUAUAGUUAGUGUGAUGAAAUACCUUACUACAAAAACAAAAGCAAAUUUUGAUAGAAUUGAUGUCUAAAUAUUGUAGCGAACGCAGAUGCCAGUGCAGGCCUCGCAGCGGUCCUGAUUUCCUGAUUUUUCGUAGUCGUCCUGAUUCAUCCUGAUUUUGGUACAAGAUCCUGAUUUCUUGAUUUUUGGUGCUUUUCGAAACUAAAUAAUUUCUCUAGAAAAUUUCGGUUUAGUCUCAGUGUAGGCGUUUCAGAAAUUCUGUCUUGAAUUGAUGAAGAUACUAUUUUUUCAAUGAUCGCUUUGUUCAUCUUGUUUGAAGAAUAGAUAAAAUUCUUUAUGAACUGAAAAAUGUCGGUGAAUAUAUGAAAAAAUUCAUCUGUUUUUUUUUACAAGAUUCAUACAAAAUCUUGUAUCAUUAUUCAGUAAGAAAAAAAAAAGAACAAACUUCAAAUCUUAUGGAUGUGCAGUAUUGGUGUAAAUCCUGACGGUGAGUCGUCACCAAGACAGGGUCCAUUGAAGAACUGACUACACUGGAAGGGGUCGCA